AUGGGAACAGUGGUAGCACCGCGCAGACACAUCGUCGUCGUCGUCCGUAAUUUGUGCGCGGUGCGUGAUUGUCCGUGGUCGUCGGCCGUGCGUGAUAAUCCGCAGAAUAACGCACCGUGGGAAGCCAGUACUAGGAUGUCAAUCUUCAUACUUUUGGUGAAGCAGCAAUAUAAUUAUUUUUUUCUACUCCAGGACCGUGUAAGAGCACUCUCAGACGUGGGUGGUGAGGACUUCACGUUGUCUGCGUGUGGCGCCCCACUUGAUGAUGGUAUCCUCGUGUCUGAACUGGCUUCCACAGAACUUGACCUGACAGUGCCACUGCUCGGUGGUAAAGUGCACGGUUCUUUGGCUCGUGCUGGUAAGGUGAAAGGACAGACUCCAAAGGUUGAAAAGCAGCAAAAGAAGAAGAAGAAGACCGGCCGUGCCAAGAGGAGGAUCCAAUACAAUAGAAGAUUCGUUAAUGUUGUCCAGACCUUCGGCCGUCGUCGUGGACCCAACUCCAACUCCUAGAUCUAUUGUUUGUAAAUAACAUGCAAAUAUAACAACUAAUUUGCUCCAA